AUGGCUGAAGAGCCCUCUCUCCCCCGGCUGCCAGCAGUCUCCUGGGACGAGAAUUCCCAAAGUUUCAGCAAUAAUCCCCGGAAACGUGUUCGCCAUCCACGCUCGGGGGGACUUUGCAACUCUAGCGAUCCAGCUGUUUUCUCCAGCGAUGAUGACCCUGGUCUGGAUAACUAUGUGGAGGGUAGAAAGAAAAAGCGAUACGUGGGAUCAUGGUUUCAACAACAACCCACGUCUUCUGACUCGACUUUCAGCGAGCACAUGAUUCUACCAAAGCCAAAACGCAAGUUAGCCCGCCAAUUUGACAGUGGUGUCUACCUGGGAAGUGAUGGCACUGAGGGAGAUGAUUUGGCCGCGGAGGUGUUGGAGAUGCCUCUCCGAUCUAAGCUGCCACAGUUAGAAGAGCGGCCGCAAGCCCUUGCUCCUGUUAUAUCCAAGGCGGAGCUAUUGGCCAGAGAGAAGAUUCAGAGUUGUCUGGAGCAAGGGGACGAGACUAUUGAUCUCUGGUCCAUGGGCUUAGAGGAGAUCUCGAGCGAAACUUUUAGCCCUCUGCAGACAUUUUCUUGCAUUCCGGUGGUGGCUAAAGACGUUGCCUUUGAACAGAAGGACCCAGAGCUGAAGAUUUACAUGGCGAUGAAUCGGUUGCGGCUCAUUCCGGGAUCCUUGUUUGAUCUCCAGCAUUUGACGAUUCUGAGCUUGCGAGGCAAUAAGUUGACAGAGAUUUCACCAGCAAUAGCACGGCUGUCGAAUCUAAAACAGCUGAACCUGUCUCAGAACCGCCUUCGGUCUCUUCCCGCAGAGCUCCUGGACCUUUUCAGCAAAAACCUGGGUGACUUGGUCUUGCAUCCAAAUCCGUUCUUUGAACCUAACAGACAAUUAGACGCUGGCGAAGAGGAACUUGAGGGAACAGACCAACGGCUUCUAACGCGUCAUCUGGGUCGAUCACCUCUUCAAAUGACGGACUCAAUGGGACAGAUCCUAUCAGAGUUCAAGUUUCCACCAUACGACGAGACGAACAAGGUGGCCGUAUUUGAAGGCGACGAGCAAAAUGAUAGCGAUAGACUGCUGGAAAGACCAAGUCGUGUCCCUUCGUUGGUGGAGAUUGCGCUACGUAGCUGCUAUUCUGCCUCACAGCUCUCUGAGCUACAGUACUAUAUGCCCGAUGGCCUGCCACAACUACGUGAGCUUCUGGAGAGAGUGACGAAGCAAAAGGAAAUGGGUGGCAUUACUUGUUCCCACUGUCGAAAAACGAUAGUUGUUCCAGCCAUGGAGUGGGUAGAGUGGCGUGAGAUUAGCACAGUCGAGGUUCAAGCGGGUGCUGUAUCUAUACGACCGCUGAGUAUGGUGGAUGAUGAGAAGGCGGUGCCAUUUUUGCACCGAGCAUGCUCGUGGAAGUGCGGGCCUGUAGCUAAGUGA